UACAGCGAAAGUACCGACACAACGACCGGUUCGUUGUUCGUUCUGUGAUCCGUUCUUCUUUUGUGAGCAGCUUCACUCUCGAAAGAAAAAAUAAAUCUAGAUUAUAGUACUAUGACAACUGAUCCUGAACGUGCUGGUGAUAAUAGUGAAAUGGAAUCUGUAGAAGAUGAGGAUGAUAACAAAGCCCCAGAGCUUUUCUCCAGAAAUUUAAAUAGAUCUGAUAUGUUAGCUGCUCUACAAGAUCGUAUUACAUCUGGAAUAGAGCAAAUGCAGAAUCUUCCAGCUCCUGUAAAACGCAGAAUUAAAGCUUUGAAACAGUUGCAAUUGGUUACAACCAAUAUUGAAGCAAAAUUCUAUGAAGAAGUACAUGCUUUAGAAUGUGCUUAUUACAAAAUGUGUGCCCCUCUUUAUGAAAAAAGAAGUGAAAUAGUAUCUGGCAUUUAUGAACCAACGGAUGAGCAAUGUCUAUGGGAGAGUGAUGACGAGGAAGAGGGAUUAACUAAUGAUUUGAAAACAAAAGUGAAUCUUGAAGAUGAUAAAGAGCAAAAAAAAGAGGAAGUAGAUAAUGAGGAUAUUAAAGGCAUCCCAGAUUUUUGGCUGACAAUAUUUAAAAAUGUUGAAACAUUAUCUGACAUGGUUCAGGAACAUGAUGAACCAAUACUCAAACACUUGUAUGAUAUUAAAGUAAUAUUCCUUGAAUGUAAUCCAAUGGGCUUUGUUCUUGAGUUCCAUUUUGAACCAAAUGAAUACUUUACUAAUUCAGUUUUAACAAAAGAAUACAUUAUGAAGUGUACUCCUGAUAAAAAUGAUCCAUUUAGUUUUGAAGGGCCUGAAAUAUACAAAUGUAAGGGUUGUACGAUUGAUUGGAAAAAAGGAAAGAACGUUACAGUAAAAACUAUAAAAAAAAAUCAGAAGCAUAAAUCACGAGGGUCCAUACGAACUGUAACAAAAACUGUUCAGAAUGAUUCAUUCUUUAACUUUUUCAGUCCACCAGUUGUGCCAGAAGAUUCUGAAGCAGAAUUAGAUGAUGAAAUUCAAGCUUUGUUAACUAGUGAUUUUGAAAUUGGCCAUUAUAUUAGAGAGCGUAUAGUUCCUAGAGCUGUACUGUACUAUACAGGAGAAGGCUUAGAAGAUGAAGAUGAAGACUAUGAAGAAGAAGAGGGCGAUGAGGAUGACCCUGAGGAGGAGGAUGAAGAUGAUGAGGAGUCUUCUCCAAAUAAUGCACCACCAGGUGGGAUACAAGGGGGAACUGAUCCUAAUGACUGUAAACAACAGUAGAAUUACAAACAGAUUAAGCUAAGAAAAAAAAUUGUUCGUGCGUACAGUAAGCGACAACAUACACACACACUAACGAAACCCGACCGAUAACUGCCUAGAUAUCCUGCACCUGUGGCUCCAACGUAAUCCUGUUCGUAUCAAUUAUCUAAUCAUAUCAUAUCUCCUAUUCCAGAUCAAGCCUAGACUCUUCGACAUACCGGUGAUAAAAAAAAUUAUGCGUACCCUCCCUUUAUCCGACGUUGACGAUGAAUAGAAAAUACGGCUCAUUAACAGCCUAAGAUUUAAUGUCGUAUAAGUAUAAACGAAUUGCGCUCUCAGCUCAACAUAAUCAUUGUCAUUUUUAAUUGCUUCAUUUUAUACUAUUGUUACGUUUAUAUACAAACAAGAGAGUUAGUUGAAUUUUUUUUAAAACGCACGUUGAUCUAUGAAGAAAUUUUUGGGUACUGUUAAAGCAUUUUUAAUACAAAAAUUGAAAAAAGCAAA